AUGAAACGGGAAACGGGAAACGGGUUGGGAGAUCGCGCCAAACAACUUUGGCCAUCUGCGUUGGUCAGUGCUUCCCGAAUUAUCAGUCCACGUGUACGGAGUAUGUUUGCAGUUUUUAGAAAGGAGAGCAAGAAGACUGCGUUGCGGACGCCGCCUAGGACACAGGCAGGCCCGGGAGGACGGAAAACGGGAAGGACGGACGGAAUAGGACAGAGAGCGCCAUCCGGAGUCCGUGUCAGAAAGAAAAGGAGGCGUCCCCUGGCCUGCUCGGGCCCUCUCUUGUCUCUGCCAUCGCAUGCUAGUCCAAGUCUACCAAGGCAAGGUUGGGCUUCAGAGUGGUGUCAGUAA